UUUUGGUUUUGGGUUUGGCUUCACGUGUUCUUCUUUAUGGACCUCAAUCAAUCAUUCGCUUCCCCACAGUCAAUCAACAAGCUAACGUGCGCCUGAUAUGGACAUCAAAGCUAAUUCCAACCGGCGAUCUGUGAUCAGUCCCUUUACGCCUGGCUGAUGUACGCUCUCCCGGCUCACGUUAACCAUUUUGACUCGUCAAUCCUACAUUCCGACGCCUAAAAUGGAAACUUCUGCUGGUUGAGGAUUUUGCUUUCUUUCUCUUACAGGAUUCACGAUCUUCUCCAAGGUCAAGUCUUGCAUUUCUUUGGAUUACAGGUCUUAAAUUAGCUAAAAGAGUAAGAAAUUUUAUGCAAACUUACCAGAUUUAAUAAGAUUGAGCCGUGGGGACGAUGGAUGAAAAUCCUGGCAUUUAUGUUGCCAAUGAAGAAUCUGAAAGGCUUGAGAUGCAAGAGUUGGAGAAUACUAUGAAAACCUUGACCAAAUUAGAAUUGGACUUGGCGUAUUGCUCGGAGAAGUUGAUGAAUCUUCAUGUACUUCUGAUGUGCCUCCUGGCUCAGGAGAAUGAUUUUGAAGCAAUGGAUUUAGAGAAUGAUUAUAUCCCAGAUGAUUCGUUUGGGAAGGUAUUGGCAUUUGAUUUUUUGUCUGGCUUUUUGGACUCCGAGGUUAGAGAGCUGGACAGUUUCAUGAAUAUGCUCGAAGAAGAAAUCAUUGGUGCCCGUCGAAUGGUAUCUUCUUGCAGACAAUCAAGUGAAGUUUUCAAUGUGGUAGAAGAGAAGUUGCAUGAUUCUGAAAAAUCGCUUGUUCAAUCCAGAAAGCAGAUAUUAGAAGUGAUGAUGCAGUCAACCAAAUUGCAGAGAAUUGUUUUAAGCAGUGGAAAUUGGAGAUUGGAGGAUCCCGUGUUGUCAUCAAAUAAUGAUCAAGUACUCAACAUAUAUGGGAAAUCAAAUACAAUGACUGAACAACAAAGGCAUAUUCUAAGGAUGCUAGAAAAAUCGCUUGCAAGGGAGCUAGAUCUAGAGAAGAAGUUGUCAGAAUCAAAGCAGCGGGAAGAGGAACUGAGAUUGAAGCUGCACUAUACUGAACAGGUAGCUUUGAGAAUGGAAGAGGCUGCAGAAGUUGUUUGGGGUAGGUUUCUGGAGGCAGACAAUAGUGUUGAGGUUCUUAUGGGGAUUUCGAAGGAACUAGUUGGUCGCCUCCAGCUUGUUCAAUUCAAUCUACAUGGUUCGUUUCAACGUGAAAAUGAGAUGAAAUCCAAAUUUCAAGAUUGGACAGAGCAGCUUAAAGCAAAAGAAGUGGCUAUACAGGAGCUCGAGAAAAGGAAUGCUGAAAAAAUCGCCAAGAGUGCCGAACUAGAUAAAUUGAGGGAAGAAGUGAAGUCUCUUGAGGAACAGCUUAAAGAAUCUAGGCUUGAUCUGAAAAAUGCGUUUGAGUCGGAAGAGGCAAGUCAAGAUCAGCUUAUUGAAAUGGAAAAUCUUGUUGAGUCACUAAAAGAGGGCAUCUGCAUGGCAGAAAAUCGAGCAGAGGGUGCAGAAGCCAAACUCGCACAGCUGCAAGAGACGAACUUGGAACUUACUGAAGAGGUGAAUUUUCUUAAAGAUAGUGCAAGCAGCAAAGAGAAAAAGGUUGGUUCACUUGAAAAACAGUUGAGGGAACAAGAGAUCCAAUUACAGCAUGCGAAAUCAUCAUCAGAAGCAAGUCAGGAGCAACAGAACAUGUUAUAUUCGGCAAUAUGGGACAUGGAAACACUAAUUGAGGAUCUCAAGUCCAAAGUUUCAAAAGCUGAAAGUAAGACUGAUACUGCAGAGGAGCAUUGCAUUAUCUUGUCUGAAGCCAACUUUGAACUAAAUAAAGAACUUACUUCCCUCAAGGCUCGAGUGGAGUUCUUGGAGAAAGCAUUGGAUCAAGCCAACAGUGAAAAAUGUUCAAAUGCAAACGAAAUUAACUCGAGUACCAAGUUUAUCAUGGACAUGGUUCUGCAACUCGCUGUGGAGAGGGAUCGAAUUCAAAGACAGCUAUCCAUUUUGACAAACGAUAACAAAGCUUUAAUUGAGAGAUUAAAGAAUGUAAAAGAUGGUGCAUCUGUAAUCAUAUGUGACGGAGGAGACUAUGACAAGAAGGAACAGUCAGCUCCAAAGAAUGAUGUAAAUAAACUAGCUCAAUGAUGUCCGAUAAAACUUUUGUGGAAUCUCUACAUAUAAGUCAAGAUGCAGAUUACUAAAGCACCAGAAGACACACCCAAGUGUUGGGCUGCAGCCUGGAGGUACUUCUUCUGUAUCUAUAAGUAGUUAUAUUAAUGAGAAUGUCUCUAAGCCCGAAGUUGCCAAAGUGGCCAGAUACCAAGAGUUUGUGUGUGUGCCUUUUUUUUUGCCAAAUUUAUCAGUGUAUUCUUUUAACUAGAGUCUUCCCGAUUCUAUAUCUGAGAGAAUGAAGUUCAAUGCUGAUUGCCACCAUGUACUCCAUUAUUGUUGUCAAAUAGUUUUUUUAGGUUGUGUGAGACUCUCUUCAUUUCUCAAAUGUGAAUAUAAAUUAUUGUAUUUGGGUAUUGGUCUAUAUUAGAAGUUCGGAUUCUUACC